GGACACUGACACAACAACCAAGUAGCAGACGUUGCUGGUAAGAUAUCGUCAAGAGUUUCCUCUGGAUUUCUGACGAUUUUGCGGCUUCCCUUUUCUUAGCUCUUGCAUUGAAGGUUUUUUUCUAACGAACAUGAAGUUGUUGUGGACUGUGGCUCUUGUGAUCUUCGUCCUCUUCGUAGUAGAGGCAAAAAAGGACAGGAUUCAAGAACUGAAAAAGUGGGCUCAUUGGAAUCAGAUCAAGAAGGCUGUUCUACAGGAACGCUUGCCAACGGCCCCUGACACAGAAAACUGCACAGCUUUGCCAGACCGUCUGUUGGAUUGGUUCCAUGUCUUGCGUGCAAUGCACAUCAGGGAGGAGCAGAAGAAGAAUGGUGAUUUUGAAUCACAAAGGCCUGGAGAGGCAAUUCCACACUUGAAACUGAGGGAAGCAAAGAUGCCUUUUCCAUCAGGCUCUGAUCAAAGUGUCAUCCGAGAGCCAAUUAGUUCUGUGUUCCGUCUUGUGUUGGAUAAAAACCAUGAUGGUGUGUUGGAUGAGUCUGAACUGGAAGUCAUUUACGACAUUGCAACAGAGCCUUGCAUAAAAAAGUUCUUCAAGAAUUGUGCCAAUGAGAAGGAGACCUUUACUGAAGCUGAGUUUUGCAGUUGUUUCAUAUCUGUUGAACCACCCUGCUUGCACAGGCUGCGUAAACACCUACCAGCUCUUCUCAUCAGAGGAGAAGCACAUGUCCUGCCUGGUGUUUACACUCCCUCUUGUGACGAAGAUGGCUUUUAUUUGCCUCGUCAAUGCAGAGCUGCAGACCGUCAGGGAAUAAAGGAAUGUUGGUGUGUGGACCGACAUGGCAGCAAAAUUGAAGGCCUUUCAGAUUGUGUGGACAACACAGAACCGACUAAGAGAGAAGAAUAGAGGAGAAGCCACUUAUGAAUCAGUCACCUUAGAUUCUAUUGUGCUGAGUAUUCUUGGUCUUUUAAUGUUUUAGCAUUGAUUGCAUAGACACCAGUUUAAGUUACUGCAGCAAACUGUGAAAUGUUAUAACCUUAAAAUUUUACCUUUGUUUGCUCAGAAUAUUUGAAUUGAGAUAGAAGAUAAAUGUAACUGAAAAUAAUUUUGAUAUAUUUUUCUUAACUAAUUUUGUAUUAAAUCAUUGUAAAGAAAGGCAAAGUGUUAAGUAGUGGGGUUGGUUUAGUGCAGCAUGCACUAUGGGUUUGUUGAGAGUAUUUUUCACUUCUUAAUAAAAUUAACAGACUGUCUCUGGAAA